AUGUCGUUAGAAGGAAACGAAGUCCAUAUUCCAGACAAGGAGAGUUCGUCUAUGGAGAGCUCGGGGCUUUAUCUUCCCACACUCUCGAGCGAUGGAAAUAGCGUGGGGCUUUGGAGUUCCGCCGCAUCUACAGGUACUAGUUUGCAUGUUCCUAGCGAGAGCAUGGGAAACGAAUCUUUCUGGGGAAUCAUUAAUGGAGCGACCUCCAAAUCGAUAAACGGGGUGAUUAAUGAACCAGUAGCUUCGGUUCCCAGUGGAGCUGUGAAUAUGAUGGGUGGAGCUGUGAAUAUGAUGGGUGGUAGUUCUAAUACUAUGGAAGGAGUUGCAAAUACGAUGGAAGGAGUUGCAAAUACGAUGGGUGAAGCUGUGAAUAUGAUGGGUGGAAGUUCUAAUACUGUGGGAGGAGUUGCGAAUACGAUGAAUGGAACUGUCAAUACUUUGGGUGGAACUGCCACCAUAAUCGCCACUCCAACAACUGCUACCUCAACAACUGCUGCCACUACGACUACCACAUCUGUUUCGAGUGGCUCUGUGAAUGGUUCUGUGAAUGGAAUUACCAACCCAACUCCCUCUUCGAUUCCCAGCGGAUCUGCGAAUAGCCCCGAGAGCAAUAAUCAAACUGCUGCCUUCGCCCCACCCAACGCUUCAACAGAAGUGGGCAGUGCACCAAUCAGUUAUGUCUCUCUAAGCAACCCUGCAGAUCACUCGAAUGUUCCAGAAAGCAAUCCGGUGAACCCGGCGCUACCGCAUCUAACGAUCAGCACUACCAAUCUCUCCCCUCCUUCAAAUGCUUCUGGCACUUUCUCCUGUGGCUCACCUUCCUCCUCCGUUGUGUCUGCCAUGAGUCCGACCAUUCGUCCUAUUCUCGCUUCGCCUCGACUCAAUAUGCCGGGCUCUUCUCUUAUCUCUCCGCCUCAAAUCCGGAAGAAACCUGUCUCCAGUUCGGCCCUUAUGUCUGGCCACGCCAAAACCCUCAGUGACAAUGUUUCCUCUUCACGACCCUUGCCCAUCUCAGCUUCUCUUUCGUUGAACUCGCCGCAGCCCUCACAAUCCGUCAAUCUCUCAGUGCCUGGCUCGUCGAGCCCCACCUCAAGACAAGAUUCGACCCGACUCUUUUCGGGGCAAAUCCACAUUCCGUUCGUUCAGAGUCAGUCUCCGAGCUUAAACCGACCAAGCUCUGGAGACCAGUGGCCUCUAUCGACUGAAACGGUGUCUGCCCGUUUGAAUGAGGACAUUUUACACAAGUCUUCUGCCUCGAGCGAUGAUUCGUUCUUCCCCGAGCGCGCUCAUUCCGGCAAAGAAGUUAUCGUGCCUAAUAGAAUCUCGAUGGAUGAAAACAUGAUGCCCGUGCUGGACUCGCCGAUUUCGCAGUCGACGCAGAACAAUCACCCCGUCCUCUCUGCGACCCUCUCUGCAAGCUCGACGUAUUCCCGAUCCAAGCGGAUGUUGACACGAGCUCCUGAAGUGGCGAGCUCGCAACCCGAAGAGAUUGUGCUUGGAAUGCCAAAGGAUAGUCGUUCGGAUAACUCGCGCGUGAGCAUUUUUGUGAAUGAUCUAGAGCCGAAAUCAACAAACGAAGAGAGCGAUUUCAUGGAUGAGUUAGAUCAGAACUUGCCUGCUGAUUUUCAAAAGGAAUUCAUUAGUGAAGCAGAGUCGAUGACUGGAUUACAGUGUUCUGUUUGUUGUAUACAUAAGCUUCGUCAUGUCAACCACCUGUAUAAUAUCCCUUGA